AUGAAUGCGCCCCCGCCCGCCUACAGCCUAGUCGACCAAGCCGACCCCCGCCGCCGCCACUCCUUCCAUCCCAGCCUUCAGCAACAGCAGCACCAGCCGCUCUCCCCCGCCCCGCCGCCCGCCCAGGCCCGUCUCGGCAGGUCCUCCCAGUCGCUGUCCAUCCAUCCCAGCCGGGCCGCCCGCCACACCCUCUCGAGUGCGCCCGACCAGAGCCAACGGGGCCUGGGAAGCCUGAUCGUCGGGCUCGGCGCCGCCUCGGCCAUCAAUAGCGCCCUCACCCACCACUCCGGCCCGCCCGCCCCCGCCCCAACUGUCCCGCUCGCCGCGGGCGAGGAUCCUCUGGCCAUCUUGGCCAGGUACGACACCGUGCUCUUGAUCGACGACAGCGCUUCCAUGAGCCUGCAGGGCCGCUGGUCCGAGGCUGCCGCCGCCGUCGCCGGGCUGGCUGAUACCCUCGUCCGCUACGACAACGACGGCAUCGAUGUCUAUUUUAUGAACUCGGUCGAACAUCUCCGCAAUGCGACUUCGGCGGCCGACGUGACCGCCCUGUUCCGUCGAGUCCAGCCUGUGGGUCGCAGCACCCCGACAGACGUGCGGAUCGAAGAGCUGCUCGGGAUCUAUCUGGAGCGAUUAGAGGUGGGCAAAGCGAGCGGGCUGCCGGCCAUCAAGCCGCUGAACCUGCUUGUGAUCACCGACGGGGAGGCGGACGACCCGGACACGCUGGCCUAUGCGUUGGCCGGGUUCGCCGACCGGCUCGAGUGCGGCCGCUUCCCGCUCAACCAGCUCGGCGUCCAGUUCAUCCAGAUCGGAAACGACCGCGCCGCCACCCUGUUCCUCAAGUCUCUCGAUGACGAGCUCAGGGCCGACUCCGCCCGACGCAGAGAUAUCGUCGAUACCACCCCCUACCAAGGCGGAGUGACCACUCAGUUCCUCAUCAAAGCCCUGCUGGGCGGCAUCAACAAGAGAAUCGAUCACCAAAAACUCCGCUGA